AUGAUUUACAACAUUUUCCUUUUAAGCCUUCUAUUACCUUUGGUACAAUCUAAGAUCAACAUCGAUAUUACUAGUAGUAUUAACGUUAGUGAUGUAAAAGUGAGUUAUUCCGGAUAUGACAUCCACGUAAUCAAAGAUUCAGAAAUAAAGCUAUUCAACAUAAAUCAACUGCAGAUAAAAGAAGCGGUGAGGAGGUUUUACAAAGUGCGACCUCACAGUGUGUAUCUGCGAAGCCCGACGCCGUGGCACGAUCUAUACAAAACGAAUAACUGGGAACAGGUAUCGAGGAUACUAUCAGUAAAGUCCGCAACCAUCAAAAUAAACGAUAAACAAACGACGGUAGUACUGUCGCAAGAUUUCGAGAAUUAUUCCAAUACCAAUGUUAAAGUGAACACAGCUUUGAGUCAAACAGUUGAAAAUUCAGUGACAACAAGCUGGUCUUCGAGCCACGAAUGGGGAGUGUCGCAAGAGAUCCAAUACGAUGUGAAUGUGAUCUUUGCAAAACUAGCAGGCACCACUGCCUUUAGCUGGACAUCUAACUGGGGUAAGAGUGAGGAGAAAUCCGAAACGUUUACGAUAGGUGCUACAAGCGCUAUGGAAACUGAAUUGAAGCCGGGACAAGCGGUGACCGCCAUUUUAACAGGCAAUAAGAGAGUGUUAGAAGUUGAAGUAGUGUACGCAGCGACGCUAAGGGGUAACGUGGCGGUGAAUUUUAAAAAGCCGUUCAAAGGCCACCAUUUCUACGGCCCUUCCAUAAUUGGCGUGAUGAACACGGCUGGUCUGGAUACAGAGAAAAUCUACGUUGAGACAAUCAAAGUCGGUGUCUAUAUUGAUCAUUCAUUGAAAGUUUACGAUAAAAAGACGGGGCUGCCAUUGUAG